ACUGGCCUGCUGGCUCUCUGUCAUUUUAUGGCAUCUCAAACACCAUGACCCUCCUGCACAGGUUCAACACCUCCUUCAUUGAGCCACUCUAUCCAGCAUUUGGGCCAGUAUUGGAUUCUAACAUAACAAUCUGCCCUCUGAACCCGUCUGACCAGUGACCAGUGUUAUCAUCAGGUCACUUAAUUUCUUCUGUCACACAGACUGUUGUGUUAUUUUAUAGUUAAGAGUAAAACUUCCUAAAAUGUGGCGCAGUAGCCAUUAGACAGUUGUUAAAUGUUUGAAUUAUGGAUGCCACUGGAAAUUCUCAGUCCAGUCUCCUUCACAGUUAACUUGUGGUUGAUCAGAUAAUCUAUAACUGUAGUCCUAAUCUCAUCAGAAACAUCUCUUUCUUCCCCCUGGUCUUCUUCCAAAUCUUUCUCCUCAGUCUUGCCCUCGUCCUUGUCCAAGUUCUCCUCCCUCUCCCUCCCAGUAGUAACAGGGACUAUUGAGGAGGCAUUCAGCAAUUUAGAAACUGUAGAGGGAGAAGAGCUGCUGCGAUUAAGUAGACUGAAAUCAAACAAAUCACCAGGACCAGAUCAUAUUUAUUCUCAAGUUCUUAAAGAGGUUAGCAAUAUAAACCCUUAAUGCAUUUUUUAGGAAGACACUGCGAACUGGGGAAAUUCCGAAGGAUGGAAAAUUGAAAAUAUUAUCCUGUGGAGUAUUUAGACAAAGCAUGAAUUAAAAUGAAAUUAAUCUUACAGUAAUAAACGGCAGGACAGUGGGGAACAUAGAAGCUCUGGCUCUCUGUGAUUUACAAAAUAUCAGAAAAUAGAUCAGGUGAAUGAAAAAUGGAAAGUAAAGAUUGCUUUAUAAACCACACUGAUCUGUGCCUGUCAGCUCACAGCAUGUUAUUGGGUGUGUCUGCAUUCCAUCAAACACAUCAGAUUUAAGUUUCAUUUCUUUAGAAUCAACACCCACAUGUCAGACUGGAUGUGAACUAUAAAGGCAGCAGCCCAUAUUUUCCUGUCUGUGGACCCUGGAGAAGUUGAUCAGUCUCACACGUGGACACAACUACUAGUCAGACACACUGGAGAUCUAGAGCUGUCCUCAGCACAGACUAAUAUACAAAGUUGUGCCUGAGUUGAACAGACAUUAAAGAGAAACUGAAAGACAUGGAAGCCUCUUCACCUCAAAGUUAUGCUGGACCUGAUGAUGUGCCCUGUGAUAUUUGUACUACUGGAAGAAAAAGGAAAGCAGGGAAGACCUGCAUGACCUGCAUGAUCUCCUACUGUGAGGCUCACCUGCAGCCGCACAAGGAGCAUGGCGUCUACAAACGACACAAACUGGAGGAGCCAACUGGAAACAUUGAGGAGAAACUCUGUGCAAAACACCAGAGGGUUCUGGAAAUCUUCUGUAGGACCGACGAGAGCUGUGUCUGCUUGCUCUGUGCAACAACCGAACACAAGACUCAUGACACUGUGACACCUGAGGAAGAGCAAACUGGGAAACAGAACCAGUUGGGGAAGAGAAGGGCAAAAAUCAAAGAAAGAAUUGAAGAGAAAGAAAAGAAACUGGAGGAGGUGAAGGAGACGGUAGUGAGGAUUAAGAGUUCUACAGAAAUAGAACUUCAGGAACAUGAGAAGACCUUUAAAGCUGUGCUUGAGUCCAUUGAGAGGCUGCGGUCAGAGGUCAUUGAACUCAUUAGAGAUUACGAGCAGAAGGAAGUGAGUAAAGCUGAAGAAUUCAUCAAGCUACUGGAGAGGGAGAUUGAGGCGCUGAAGAAAAGAAACACUGAACUAGACAAGCUUUCACAGACAAACGACCCUAUCUACUUCCUUCAGAAGUUCCCAAAUACCUACAUCCCUUCUGAAGAUGGAGAUUCACUUGAUAUCAGAGUUGAUGACAGCUUGCUGCCUGAGACUCUAAGGAAGGACUUGUCUGAUCUGCAGAGGAGUCUGGAGGAGAUCAGCAGCUGGAAAUUUGUGAAGAUCAAAGGGGUCGACACUCCAGGCUACAUACUGCAAAAUUUUAGAAUGAGAGAUCAAUUUUUAAAAUACUCCUGUCCACUCACCCUGGACCCCAACACAAUACACAAACGCCUGCACCUGGCUGACGGGAACAAACAGGUGAUGCACAAGAAGACAGAGACCCCGUAUCCUGCUCAUCCUGACAGAUUUGACUACUGGCCCCAAGUUCUGUGCAGUGAACCUCUGAAUGGGACUCGCCACUACUGGGAGGUUGAGUGGAGUGGAGACGGAGGAAAGAUUGGAGUGACGUAUAAAGGAAUUGGAAGGAAAGGAAAGAAUGAGGAGUUUUUCCUUGGAUGCAAUGACAAGUCCUGGUGUUUGGUCUGCUCUAAUUCACAGUGCUAUGUGAGUCAUAAUGGAAAAAAUAUUACAAUUUGCACCCUCCCCAGCAAUAAAAUAGGCAUCUACUUGGACUAUUCAGGUGGCUCCCUUUCAUUUUAUAGCAUCACGAACAAAAUGAGUCUCCUCUACAAGUUCACUGUCUCCUUUACUGAGCCACUCUAUCCGGGAUUUUGGGUCGGAAGGAAUGCCAGCAUGAAAAUCUGCCAGCUAAACCCAUCUGACCAGUGACUGGUGUCCAAAUUUGUCACUUAAUGGAGUUUUUGUAAUUCCUAAUUGCCUCAGUAACUUCAUGCUAACAAAAGAUUUCAGUUUUCUCAGAAUCAGUUAGAGCUGAUAAAUCACUCUGUGAUCAGAAGAGGGCGUGAUAGCACCCAGAAUCCAAAAACACUGACACCACAACAGACCUGGGUUCCAUUCAGUGACCUUUACUUGAAUAAAGUACUUUUACAGUCUGCUCCUUCUACACACCAGACAAUAAUAGCUCUCCCUUAUGUCUCUUUGUCCUUCUCAUCUCCCUCCAGCCAGUGUUGUCCUACUUCCUCUCAGCUCUGACUCCCUGAAAGGACUGAGAUACCUUCUUUUAUCUUAGACCUGGAAGAAGUAAUUCUGGUGCCAUGGCACUACCUCGAGGAAGCACUUCUGGAUCAAUCAGAAACUUGGUGAUGAGACACUCAAAGUCCUCUACCAGCAGUGCCCCGCUGGCGGCAGCCAAGGACCCCGACAGGGCCACCCUUCUGAACUACAAAUCCCAGGCAACUCCAUGUGUGUCCAAACUGGGACCAAGCCAGAUGAACACUGCCACUUUUUAUGUUAGGGGAUCAAUUGUCUCCGGUAUUCAGAUUUCCCCAGUCCAUCCAUUACUCCAACUACCUGACUGGGACAAGGACUGGAAACCAACCCAGCCAGACUGCACCUUCAUCCAUAUGAUUCCCGCACAGUGGCUACUCUAAGGCACCACACUCCAUCCCAGUCUGGAUGCCAGUCCAUCCAUUAUGGCCACUUACACCAUUGUAUCAAUUUUGAAUGGAACAAUUAGACAAUAUUUUGGGCUAUUAUUAAUAAUUUUGACUGGAACUGCCUUAACCCAUCCAUCAAUUUUUCUAACUCAAUUAAACAGGGCUGGGUCCAUGGGACAAGUGGAACUUAUCACAGCAAUCAUCUGCUACAAGGCAGGAACAGCAGCUGGAUUGUACACCAGUUCAUCACAAGUUCAUUUGCCAAUUUAACAUCGUCAAUCCACCUAAUCAGCAUGUCUUUGGACUGUGAGAGGAAACCCAUGCAGACAUGGGGAGACCAUGCAAGCUCCACACAGCAGCACUACCAAUCCUAAUAUAAAGAUAACAGUUUAGCUUUUCUUUAGCUUGACACAUGAAGCCACCGAAAGCCAAA